GCACAUUAAGUCUAACAGAAGAGAACGAACCUUUUGCUACACCGAACAUGUCGCGAGUGAUAAUAUUGUGUGCGCUUGCUGCAGUCACUGUAGCAAUUGGGCCCCUCCCAUCCAUGCCGACCCAGGGCAGUGUAUGGCCGAAACCAUACAGGGAAGAAAAGGGAAAUGACGUAUUUUAUUUCAAUUACUUGGAAGAUUUUGCAUUCGCUUUUCCGGAUCAUUCGUGUCGACUUAUGUUCAAAGCAAUACGCAGAUGCUUUCACUACAUGAUGACAUUAGCAAAUAUAGUAAAAAAGGCAAAACACCCUGCCAAUAAAACACAUGAUAUCUGGCAUAAUGACUUGCGUAAAUCCAAGCCAGAACCCGCACUGUAUUUGGCUCUAUCAUUGACACAGCCCUGCGAGACCCACCCACAUGCUGAUAUGGAUGAAAGUUAUAACCUUACUGUAUCGCAUGGAUACAAGUCUAAACUCACCAGUGCAUCUAUAUGGGGAAUCAUUAGAGGUCUAGAAUCAUAUUCACAACUGUUCUACAUUUCUGAUGAUUAUCAAGAAGUUCGUAUAAAUGCGACAACAAUCUACGACUACCCACAAUACUCGCACCGCGGUAUAUUGGUGGACACGUCACGUCACUACCUGUCGAUGGACACGAUGCACAAGUUGUUGGACGGCAUGGCCACCAACAAGAUGAAUGUGUUGCACUGGCACAUUGUCGAUGACCAGAGCUUCCCCUACAAGAGCAAGAAAUUCCCUGAACUGAGCAAAGAAGGAUCCUAUUUUCCAUCCUUGCUGUACAAUACGACCGAUAUUAUGCAGAUUAUUGAGUACGCUAGAAUACACGGGAUAAGAAUCAUUCUUGAAAUAGACACACCAGGACAUGUAACUUCAUGGGGCCUUUCACAUCCGGAAAUAAUGACCCAGUGCAAAGAGAGCGGUCGGCGGCCAUUGAAUCCUGUCAAGAACGAGACAUACGACCUGCUUAGAGAACUAUUCAGAGAAGCGCAAGAUAUGCUCCCCGAGCGAUUCUUGCACUUGGGAGGCGACGAUGUCCUUGAAGAAUGCUGGACAGAAGAUCCUACAACGCAGCAAUACAUGAAGGAACACAAAAUGUCUACGGACGACCUUUACGGACUUUAUAUGAACAACACUAUGAAACUGCUUAAAAACGACACCAUCCCUAUUAUGUGGGAGGAAGCUUACUUCAACAAAAAAACUGACAUGACCAAUACGGUGGUGCAACUGCGUAAACGUAAUGCAGGAAUGGUGGAGAUGAUAAAAAAACAUAUAAAAGUAAUAUACUCAACGGAUUGGUCGCUCGGCGAAGAUCUGGGGCAACGUUUCGAUUACUACUACAAGUUUGAACCUCGGCUAAUUGCGUAUAAGUCGACUGGUGACCAUUCUCUGGACAAGUACAUCAUAGGCGGCGAAGCUUGUAUGUGGGGGGAUAUGGUUAACGACAAUAACUUCCUGAGCAGUUUAUUCCCGCGAGCGUCAGGGCCAGCGGAAGUGUUGUGGAGCGCCACAGAGGGAAAAGUUCCUGAAGAUGCCUUCAACCGCAUCGAGGAGCAAGCCUGCCGGAUGCUACGUCGAGGUUACCCCGCCGAGCCUCCGUCCGGGCCCGGCUCAUGCACUACACUCAAGAACAUUGUAAAGCCAACACAUUAACAUCUCCCGUGUCAUUAGAAUCGUUCGGAAUUCGUUGUACAAAACUACUUAAUUCUAACCAUCGGAAACAUCGAAAUUAAACUUCGGAAUUGUGACGCACUUACUCGUAAUAAUACUAAAUACUUAAAUAUCUAUUUUUGUUUGUGAAAUAAACAAUAAUCUAUGAUUA